AUGGCAGGUGCUCCAGCUCCACCUCCUCCACCUCCUCCUCCAGCAUUGGGCGGUGGUAGUGCUCCUAAACCAGCCACAUCCGUUAUGCAAGGACGUGACGCCCUUUUAGGUGACAUUAGAAAAGGUAUGAAACUAAAAAAGGCAGAAACCAAUGAUAGGAGUGCCCCAAUUGUCGGAGGUGGUGUCAUUUCAUCCGCUCCAGGCAGUUCUGGCACUGUUAGCAGUAAAGGACCCUCUAUGUCAGCUCCUCCAAUCCCUGGGAUGGGAGGUCCGCAACUUGGCGAUAUUUUGGCUGGAGGGGUACCGAAGUUAAAACAUGUCAAUAAUCCAAGCAUUAAAUCAUCUUCAUCGUUAAAUGCACCACCGGUACUGGGUGCGGCACCCUCUGUGACGGCCCCUCCCAUUCCUCAUGUACCAUUAUCGUCUGCACCUGCUGUGCCUAGUAUGCCAUCGUCUUCUGCACCUCCAAUUCCCAGCGUUCCAUCUUCCGGUGCUCCUCCUAUUCCUAAUGUACCGUCAUUUACAGCACCACCACGUCCAUUACAAAGUGCUUCCACUCCAAAAGUGCCGCAAAAUAGGCCACAUAUGCCUACAGUAAGGCCAGCGCGCAGAAGCCAUCAAAGGAAAAGUUCCAAUACAUCAUUUCCGAGUGCCUCAGUUCUCCCUUUACCAUCAGCUACUCUACCAUCACCUGCCAAUAACCCUCCUCAGGCGCCACCCCCUCCUCCUGUUCCAGCAUUUAGCUUGGAUUCCAAAAACCUUAAACCUGCAGCCAACGCGCCACCACCGCCACCACCAUCUUCUUCUGAAGAAGAAGUUCCUGCAGGAGGACUACCAUUUUUGGCUGAAAUCAAUGCUAGAAGGUCUGAGCGAGGAAUAGUUGAUGAUGCUACUUUAGCAGAAAAGCAAACCGAGAAUGUCAGGUCUACCAUACAUCCUGCAAUGCCAUCAUCUGCACCGCCCAUCCCUACAUCGCAUGCUCCGCCAUUGCCGCCUACCGUGCCACCUCCAACAUUACUGUCAAACGUGAUUCCUGCAAAAUCUAAAAAACCAACGCCAGCCCCUGCUCCACCUCCACCACCACCACCAACCCUGAAUUCUGUAUUGUCUAAUAAUGUAUCAGCAGCUCCUGCUCCUUCACCUUCAUCGUUACUAAACAUCACCUCUAUGCCUAACAGCAAAACUUCCUCAAUUCCCGUUCCUCCUCCUCCUCCUCCUCCUCCUCCUUCUUUUUCGACAUCUUCUAUUUUGCCAGCAUCAUCUAUUCCUGCAACACCAGCACCCCCUCCUCCACCCCCUCCUCCUCCUUCUGCUCCUCCUACUACUACUAAUAAUAAUAAUAAUAAUAAUAAUAAUACUCUGCCGGCAGUGGCACCUGUACCAUCUCCUCCUCCUCCUCCAACACUCAUAACCAGCAAGCCGUCGGCGUUCAACAAGCAAUCUGAAAUACCUCCUACGUCUUCUUCUGUUACACCCGGAGGUGCCUUACCGUUUCUUGCUGAGAUUCAAAAUAAGAGGGAUGAUAGAUUUGUGGUUGGCGGUAGUACCGGAUACACUACUCAAGAUAAACAGGAAGAUGUGAUAGGAUCGACUGCAAAUGAUAGCGUAAACACUUCCGCUACUAUUCCACCUGUAAAUUCACCAAAACAUUCAAGUCAAAAAAGUAUGUCGUUUUUAGAUGAGAUUGAGUCCAAGUUACAUAAACAGACAUCUUCUAAUGCCCCUAAUCUGCCAUCUGCCCGUCCGAACACUAUGGUACCACCUUUGCCUAUCAGUGCCCCACCUCCGCCUAAAGCACCACUUCAGAUUUCGAUGCCAUCAGCAGAUGGCCAUGCUCACGAUAAAGAUGAAACAACGAAGGGGGUAGGAACAGUAAAGGCACCUUCCCUACCUGGGCAUGUUCCACCUCCACCAGUGCCACCAAUUUCACUAGGCGAUGGUAAUAAUGGUACCCCUGCUGCUUCUUUAUUACAUGACGUACUUCCUUCUUCGAAUAUCGAAAAACCCGCUCCCCCAGUUGUGGCAGCUCCACCGUUACCAACACACAGUGCUCCAAGUCUUCCUCAGCAAGCCAUUCCUCCCCCAAUAUCAUCUGGCCCCCCUAUUGCUCCUACAUUUCCUACUCGUACUGAAACUGAAUCAAUUUCGAAUAAUUCUUUAAAGUCACCGCCCCCACCACCAACUUUACAAACAAGUACAUCGACGAUAGGCGAUGUUCCCUCUAAUAGUCCCAACAAAAACCUCAAACAGCGGUUAUUUUCGACUGGUGAACCGACGCUGCAGCACGGGCAUAACACGCAUACAAAUCAACCAGAUGUUGACGUUGGUAAAUAUACCAUAAGUGGAUCGAAUUCUACUCUUGGAGCCAAAUCCGGAAACGAAAAGAUUAUUAUAGAUGAUUCAAGAUUUAAAUGGACCAACGUCUCUCAAAUUCCUAAGCCACGUCCCUUUCAAAAUAAAACAAAACUUUAUCCAAGUGGCAAAGGUAGUAGUGUGCCAUUAGAUUUGACAUUAUCUACGUAA